AAUAAAUUGAGUGAGGGUAAUAAAUAAAGUUUGUGAUAAGGACGGGCCGUUCUUGGAGGGAGAUCAUCUUGAUUGGAUAUCGGGUCACUUGAAUAGGCUGUUGUCUAGGCUACUCGUAAAGAGCAAAAACAGUUCCAUCUUGUGAAACUAUGCUAUCUGAGCAGUAGAGUACAAAGGUUCAGUCUGUUUGGUUAUUUUGGAGUGUCCAUCAGUGACAGGUAGCCGGUGGUUACCGAAGUGGCAACUUAUCUGCUUCUCAGUGGCAUUCGAUAACAACCGUGGUCGACGUUACAAUGUUACCAUCCAGAAGCGUUUGGGGGUUUAUCCAAAGAGAGAAGACAAAUAUGUGCCAUCGCAGCAGCCAGCAAGUUGCGAGACUUCUGAAGUCCAGUGACUCUGCUGUAAUGACCUCUCCGCUCUCCUCACUUUCCCUCAGCAAAUCUCUGUCCGGAUUCUCCGCAGCUCGCCGGGGACUCAUACAGCGCAAAAUGUCCGAGAACGGGGUAACGGUGCGGAGGAGCAAGGUGUUGACCAUCGACACAAUGAAUGCAACCGUGAAGAAAGUCGAGUAUGCUGUCAGGGGACCAAUUGUUCAGCGCGCUGUGCAAAUUGAGAAAGAGCUUAAAGAGGGUGCUAAAAAGCCGUUUACAGAGGUCAUCAAAGCCAACAUUGGUGAUGCCCAUGCCAUGGGUCAGCAGCCAAUUACCUUCUUCAGACAGGUCCUGGCCCUGUGUUCUUAUCCAGAACUGCUGAACGAUAACAACUUCCCAGAGGACGCUAAGAGCAGAGCCCGUCGAAUUCUGCAGGGAUGUGGAGGGAAAAGCAUUGGAGCGUACAGUGCCAGCCAAGGCAUCGAGUGCAUACGGCAGGAUGUCGCCCGCUACAUCGAACGUCGGGAUGGCGGCGUGCCCUGUGACCCAGACAACGUGUAUCUCAGCACGGGGGCCAGCGAUGGCAUUGUGACCAUGCUGAAGCUGCUGGUGGCGGGCGAGGGCCCGACCCGCACGGGCAUCAUGAUCUCCAUCCCCCAGUACCCCCUCUACUCGGCGGCCCUGGCCGAGCUGGGCGCCGUGCAGGUCAACUACUACCUGAACGAGGACAAGUGCUGGAGCAUGGACAUCAGUGAGCUACAGCGCUCUCUAGAGGCUGCUAGGAAGCAUUGCAACCCCCGUGCUCUCUGCAUCAUCAACCCAGGCAACCCAACAGGCCAGGUUCAAAGCAGGCAGUGUAUUGAAGAUGUGAUCCGAUUCGCUGCCAAAGAGCAUCUCUUCCUUAUGGCUGAUGAGGUGUAUCAGGAUAAUGUCUAUGCCGAUGGUUGCCAGUUCCACUCCUUUAAGAAGGUUCUGUUUGAGAUGGGACCUGAAUACUCCGACAAUGUGGAGCUGGCCUCUUUCCAUUCCACCUCCAAGUGCUACAUGGGAGAGUGUGGUUUCCGAGGGGGCUACAUGGAGGUGAUCAACAUGGACCCUGAGGUGAAGGCCCAGCUCACCAAGCUGGUGUCGGUGCGCCUGUGUCCCCCUGUCCCCGGCCAGGCCCUCAUGGACCUGGUGGUGAACCCGCCCCAGCCAGGGGAGCCCUCCCACAGCGCCUUCAUGAAGGAGCGCAAUGCUGUGCUGAGCGCCCUGGCAGAGAAGGCCAAGCUGACGGAGCAGACUCUGAACACAGUGCCAGGCAUCACCUGUAACCCGGUGCAGGGCGCCAUGUACUCCUUCCCCUGCAUCACGCUGCCCGAGCGCGCCAUCAAGGAGGCUAAGGAGAAAGGGCAGUCUCCUGACAUGCUGUACUGCAUGAAGCUGCUGGAGGAGACUGGUAUCUGUCUGGUCCCAGGUAGUGGCUUUGGCCAGAGAGAUGGCACCUACCACUUCAGAAUGACCAUUCUACCUCCAACUGACAAACUGAAGAUUCUUCUCAGCAAAUUGAAGGAGUUUCACCAGAAAUUCACCAAGCAGUACUCAUAAUUUUUUAGGUCUCUUUGACCAGUCAGUGAGAUUCAUCUUAACUGAUUUGACCAAUGAGAGACACCCCUCUUAAAGGGAAAAUCUGGUCUGACAACAACCUAGGGUCUUUUUUUUUUAAAUGAUUUCCAUUUGGGACCAAAAUUACAGUGGAGUUUAGAGUAUACCGGAAUAUGCAUUUACAUCUUACAUUGCACAUAGCAAUCCCUUUGGGGGCAACUUUUCUAUAUCAAAGUAAAUCACUCGUUUAAGCCAUUGACUAGGUUUUAAAAAUCUCUUCUUUUACACUUUACUGCUGAAAGUGUAAAAGAAGAGUAUAAAAAUGAUCAUUACCUUGAUAUUUCUAAGGUCACUGCUCCUUACAUCCAUUGACAGUAACUUGUGCCACAUUCAGUAAACACCUUUUACGGACUUCCUCCUCACAAGGUAGCCCUACAAAAAUAGGUGCAAAGUUAUUGUUAGACCAGAGUUUCCCUUUAACUGUCUUGACUUGACCAGCCAAAGUGCCACAAUCAUUUACUCCUAAAUAUGGGGUGUGCAUUGUCUACCAGAAAGGAAUCAAGAUUGCUUUGCUGUAACUGUGCUUUGGACUUCUGCCUAACAUGCACAAGACACAGUCAAAGGGAGCCAGAUUCACAUAUCAAAUCGUCUAAACAUAGGAAUUAGUCUAAAGAUUGAUUACACUGAGGCAGUGGCACACUGGUGGUGUUGUGUUUGCAAUAGCUCGAGCUGCGCAUGAGACGCCUGUGUGAAUGCUCUAACCUGUUAACAUGUGUGCCAAAAGAAAUGUCCAGACGUUCCACAGCCUUCAAGCACACACAAUGCAUCCAGUGUGAGAAAGGCCAAGUUUUCAUAUUGUGGCGAACCAGAUAUGGCAAUUGACCAGUAAAGUGUGAUAUGUAUGUGUUCCUGUGUGUGUCUGUGUGAUUGUGUGUGUGUAUGUGUGUUUGUGAUAGAGACAGAUAGGCUGAGAGAUAUUUGUGACAGACUAUGUUUGUGUAUCUUCAGUGUCACUCUUUUGGUAUGGUAAUGGUACACUACACCUAGAACAUGUUCAAGGAAGAGAUUAAUAACAUGUGAUAGAUAUGAAGAGAUUAAUAACAUGUGAUAGAUAUGAAGAGAUUAAUAACAUGUGAUAGAUAUGAAGAGAUUAAUAGUAUGUGAUAGAUGAAGAGAUUAAUAGAAUGUGAUCGAUAUGAAGAGAUAGUAUGAAUGUGAUAGAUAUGAAGGACAUUGAUGUGAAAAAGAAAUGGCAUUACGUUGUUAUUCAAUUGUGCCUUAUUUGUUUAACCAAUGUAUAGCUAUUUUAUACAUUUUUGUGAUUAAAAAUGUAUGAAUUCUA